CCCCACUCCAACACCAUGAAAGUAGCCUGGGUCAUGGUGCUCCUGCCGCUGCUGGUCACUGCUGAUGGAGAUGAGGCGGCCACCAGACUAGGGAUGAGUCCCGCUCCGCCUAAGUUCGUCCAUCCUGCCCAUAAUGUGACUGUAGUGGAGGGUCAGGAGGUCACUCUCAUGUGCUCAGUCACCAACCUACAUGGAUAUAAGCUAGCGUGGGUACACGAGGAGACACAAUCCAUCCUGAGCAUAGGUCGUCAGCUCUACACCAACACUCCCAGGCUCUCCCUCCACGCUGACCACCACUCAGCUGGGCUGACACUCUCACCAGUGUUGUCUGUUGAUCGUGGCUGGUAUAUGUGUCAGCUUAACACGGAACCUAUGACCUUCUCCAGGAGCUACUUGCAGGUGCUAGUGCCGCCUACGCUGGAGGAAUGGUCUGGUUCUUAUGUGGAAGUGAGGGAAGGGGCGGCAGUGAGACUGACCUGUAGGGCCAGGGCCUUCCCACCAGCCCUCACGACGUGGAAGAGGGCUGACGCAGGUCCCAUCUUCAGGUCGCCUCGUACAGUGUGGACGAUCGAGGGCCCUGACUUAGUGUUCGACUCAGUGAGACGUGAACACACUGGUGCUUACACCUGUAAUGUCGAUAACAACGCUACAGCACCUGUCUCCCGCACCACCCACCUCACUGUCACCUACGCUCCUGUGUUGUGGCUGGGACGGGAGCUGGUGGGCACUAAGAUUGGCAUUGAUCUGACCCUCAACUGUUCCAGCGAGGCCAACCCUCCACCCCAGCACUACUGGACAGUCAACGGAACCAACAUUACCAACAGUGACAAGUACCACCUAGAGGAGGUGAAGGUGGGUACGAGAACCGAGGUGCUACUGACCAUACUGAAGGUUGGACCAGGUGACUUCACCCGCUACGCCUGUCAUGCCAUAAAUCCCACUGGGCAUGCCCAGGGCACCAUCAGGCUCUAUGAGAUCAAGGAUCGUGUGAUUCCUGUCCCCACUCGACCAACCUGGCAUAUACCUCACCCAGGUGAAGUUCCCCCGUUGCGCCACGCCACACCACCACCUUUCUCUAAAACUUCUACCAGCAGCACCACCACCAGUAGUGGCAGCAGAAGGACGAGUGGUGGAGCCAACACCCACCUCGGGGACAGCCUCCGCACCACCAAGCUCCUCACCAACAAAAUCCCAGCUCCCUCUGGCAGCUGGAGCCUUGGUAGCAGAGCUGAGGAUGCUCACCCCAACAAGAUCACCUUCAAGCACCGCGGUGGAGGCUUCAACGGCACGGCGAUGGUGGUGGAUGUCAUGGUGGAGGGAGCUCGUGCAGGCAAGCCUCUCCUCCCCACAGUCAAGCUUAUCCUCCUCCUCCCUGCCCUCACACUUCUCACAGCCGAUUUCGGUUAGCUGACUAUCUAGGUAGAUGUACUGUACUUUGUUUUGCAUACUAACCUGAGAGCCAUCGAGAAGGCAGAAUGUUAGUGACAAUCACGGUGUGUAUAGUAUAGUCGAUAGAGGGAGAAGAGGAAAUGCUGCAGGUAUAGUGUCCUCCGUUUUGCAAGAGGAGUCGUCAUUAGUCAUAAAGAGGGGCGGCUUCUGUAGUUGUACUGGAGGGGUUAGGUAUGGUGAUCGGGUUGGGUGGGCUAAAGGACUUGUAUUAAUGUUGGUAGAAUUACAGUGUUAAUAAAAGGAUACAAAUGCAACUGAUGCGACAUUGUAUUGUGCCAACGUUUCACAUUAGUCACACUUAUGUCCUUUUGCUAAAGGACUUGUAUUGAAGCAGCGUUAUUUUUUUAUUUGGGGGCUAAUGGAAUUUUUUUGAGGGGGGCUUCAGUCCACCCCCUUGCACCACCCCUGGCCAUAGAGAAGGGUAGCUCAAAUUCUGUGGCUUAACAGUCCUUGAAGGGGAUAAUCAAAGAAGCCUUUAAUUCCCUUUUCUUUGUUAGAUAUCAGUAUUUUUUAGUUAAUACCUAUACAUGCAGAGUUAUGGUUUAGAUAUGCAGAAAUUUGUCAAAAUGGGUAAAAAAUCAAAUGAGGGGGUAUUAUUAUAGUCAAAACUAAGCGCUAAACCCAACAGGGUCAUACAGCGCUGGAAUGAGGGAGGUAAAAAAUAAAAAAAGCUAAUACCUGGCAAGUUUUCAAUAGCGCAAUGUGCCAACCAUGCAAGGCUUGACAGGGUGCUUCAGUAUAUUUGAUAUGAUAGUAUCUGUCUCCAGAUAUACCUUCUUACACUGGCCCCCACACUACCAUUCCUUCUGACGCUCAAAGCUUUGGUAAUUGUUUAAGAAUAUUUCACCCCAGCAGUGUGCACAAUGGGCAUGCACAGGACAGACCUAGUGUGCCACCAACGGACAUAAAUAUGCUAAUGCAAGGACAGUCUGCAGUGUCCCACCGACGAUAAAAUAGAUCUUGUAUUCUAAUCUUGAGCACAAAUAUACGUCUGAGAGGACAGUCUGCAGUAUCCUAACAUGUGGAUAUGCUAUACUUUUGUAAGGACAGAUCUUGUUGUAUCUUACCAAGAUGUGAAUACAUGUCCAUGAGAGGAUAGUACGUAUUUGUAGUAUUAUACUGACAGACAUGAAUGUGUCUAUAUGAAUGCAUAUCCACAAAAUAAAAGCCUGUGUGGUAUAUGAUGGCCAUGAGGUCAAUCCUUGCAGUAUCCUAUUACCGACAUACACAGCAUUUUUUUUUACCCAUCGUGUGUGUCAGCAGCACAGCAGAACACAGCAUGCACUGUACCAGUGAUGAACAUGCACAUGGAGUCAGUUGGAGUGAGUUCUGAUGGGUAGUUUCUCUUUGCCUUCUGUAUCCACUUGCAACCAUUGGUGAACAUUAUUAUUAUUAAUUUUUUUUUUAUCACACUGGCCGAUUCCCACCAAGGCAGGGUGGCCCGAAAAAGAAAAACUUUCACCAUCAUUCACUCCAUCACUGUCUUGCCAGAAGGGUGCUUUAUACUACAGUUUUUAAACUGCAACAUUAAUACCCCUCCUUCCUUUAUUAUUAAUAAUAAUAAUAAUAAUAACUAAUAAUAUUAUUAUAAAAAAGAAGCGCUAAGCCACAAGGGCUAUACAGUGACUUUGGUGAACAUUAAGGCUGUACUUUGAUCCAAAUAAGGAACUAGAAACAAGAGUGAGAAGACUUAGGGUAGAACAAGCUUUGAAUGGGGGCAACAUUUAGCUUCAUGUAGAGCUUUAUAAAUCUCUACAGUGAUUUUUUUUUUUCCUGUAAAAGCUUAUGGAAGGUCUCCACCAAGGCUGUAACUGUUCAAUUGUCUGUAAAAAAGAUACAAAAGCAGGAGAUAGGCCAUAUAUUAAGUUAACUAAAGAGUGGCUUUUUUCAGUCUACUUCAGAAAAUUGGACUGUACGACUGAACAGGACGAUGACUAUCAUUUGCUUGGGUAGGAUCAGUUGGGCAAGUCUUUCUGAAAUUAUAAAACUGUUUGUGUUUUGAGAGAUGGUAUUAGCAAUGAGAGCAUAUGCGACAUAUGUCAGAUUCAUAAACGACGAGUCUGGCAUUUUGGAAGCCCAUGAACUUGUUUUAAGUCACUGUGAAUGGUGCAGGUACUGUUGAACUCUUAACUUUUGCAAGCAUAUAUGUUUACUGCUGCAUUGUGGUUUUUACCCAUGUAUACUUUCCCCACACGCUCUUGAGGGAUGGUUCGAAAACCAACAUUACAUUCUUAAUGGCGUUGGAAUUCAUCAUGAUUAUCUGGGUCUUUCGUUUUAAUAACAAGGUUGUAGACAGUCUCAAACUUGUUCAACUGGGAUAACAAUAUACCUAUCAGAAGUCUGUGUAGUGAUGUGGAAGUUUUAAUUGCCUCUCUAAACAGGAACCAGACUUGCUACGCUUUUUCUUUCCCAAACUAGGAACAUUCUGAAAUGCUCUGAACAUUUUUAUUUAUAAUCCCCUGCAACCCUAAGACCACCCACAAGUAUGGCUUACCCAAGAGACUCGAACCAGGAGUUCCUCUCAAACCCAUAGUGCACCACAUAAGCUGACAGGAAUUUUAUCCAAACAGCUGUCUAAAUUAGGUACAAUAAGUUCUGGCAACCUUCUUUUCAAAAUUAAGAAUAUCAGUUAAAAAAAGAAACUCGUUAUGUUACCUCGCUAUUCACCAGGGUGCCCACUACACAAAUUGUUGAUCAUCUUCGUUAGAAAGUGACGGAUCACUGGUGAUUUUGUUUUUCUUUCGGUGACUGAGCCGCUAGUCAUGUGGAAUGGUCAUGGACAUAAUGCAGUUGUAUUUAACCCAUAUAUGGUGCUCCUGGAGGAGAAAAGGCAGGCCAUACAUGCCCAGAGAGUUAGCAUGACUGUUAUGUCAACAAUAUCCUGGUAAUUGUUCCUCUGUGUGUAUACCACUGCUCUUUGUCAACAUUGUCAACUUUGUGGAACCCUCCUUCAAAUUAACAAUGAAGGAGAAAUGCCUAUCCUUUCUUGGUGCUUAACUGCCAGAAUGGCCAAAAAAUAUGGAUUUCAGUCUUAAGCAAACUCACAAAGAUGAUCGACUAUACUGCCUAUCGAUGCACUUACCAAGAAAGAGGAUUAAUCAGAGGCUUUUAUUUGAGAGCUUACAGAAUCUCAGGCCUUGGCUUCCUUGAAGGAGAAUGUAGUUAUAUACACAGGGCCUUCUCCAAGCUACAUUACCUAGCACACAUUUCAUCAGUUUAGAAGACAGGCUGAUAUGAUCUUCCACACUACUAGACACAGGCAGACUCCUGACAGGUAUAUUGUUCUCUUGUUGGACAGGUUUCUGAAAGUCCCAAAUCUUGUUGGUAAAUGUAAGACUUUAAUAGACAUGACUUCCAACACCAUUAGGAACCUACUUCUUCUCUUCUUAUGACCAGAGCUUUGGUAAGAUGGGUAAGGAUAGAAAUAUUAGGAACCUACUAGUGAAGAGGAACACGUCCUGUGGCUCAACUGCUAGUGCACUCAGCUCACACACUGAGGUUUGGGGAUCGAUCCCACGGUACAGCUAGAAAACAGGAAGUGUUUUCAUGAGACACCUACUGUUCCUGUUCAGCUAACAGUAACAUGACUACCUGGGUGUUAGUUGACUGGUGUGGGUGACAUCCUGGGACAAAACUGACAUAAUUUGCUGGAAAUGCUCUACAUAGCAAAGGGCUUUAUAUAAAAUAGUAUGUCAAUGAUGUCGGCUAUUCCUGUAUACCUUGUAUGUACAUGUACUUUUAGAAAUAGGUAUUAUUACAUUAUGGUUGCCAAAGGGAUGACAUGAAUAAUGCCUGCAGCAUUCACCAUAACUUCCAUAGCCAUUUCACAGACUACCAAAAUGCCACAUCUUCAAGUAAUGUGAUGUAUGACACAGGUGCUGUUCAGAAUCAGCUCAAUGCUUCUACCAACACUAUUUCUCAACACACACUUGUAAGAAAUGCUCUCCCCAAUAAUCUUUGCCAAGCAAAAUGUAGCAGUUACCUAGCCUUGCCUUCUAGCCCAUCCAGCAACUGACCUAAUGCACUAUAUAUAUUGAGUUUUAUGUUCUCUGUAUUGGACUGAAGAAGCCACUGGUUAGCAGAACAUCUUAAUAAAUGUCUUAAUUUCAUCAUUUUUAUGUAUACGUACUUAUUGUUCACCAUUUUGUUACCUCUAUUAAAUUGUUGUAUGUGCCCAUGACAGAUUUUUUCUAAGUUGCAGCAGCUGUCAGUUUUUUGUGGACAUUAUAUGGAAUUAGCCUCUUUAGUGUGGACCAUAAGGAAUUAUAAGCUUAUAAGGUAUAGCAGUAAGUGUGCAUUAUAAGGGUUAUUAUUGUAUUUAAGGGGAAGCACUAAAUGCAUCAUAGGUCAUAUGCACUUAAACAUGGGUUUGAUCAGAGAAAGGGGAAAUACAGCUGCAGUUACAUGUAUCAUAAGUCCCUCACCAGAUUCAAAUUACUUUCCCUUGAAGGACACAUCUUAAGAAUUGGUAAUAAUGGUAAAAUUACCAAAAAAAUUCGAAUAAAUGGGCACAAGUGCAACUAAUGUGACAUUUAACUCGACAUUUCACUCUCCAGGAGCUUUGUCAGGCUGGCUUGACAAAGCUCCUGAAGAGUGAAACACUGCUACAACAAAAUGUCACAUUAUUGUUGUAUCUGUGUCCAUUUACCGAACAUCUUAAGAAUUACAACAUGUACAGUUUAUAUUAUAAGGAGUUAUAGCAUAUAUUGUGUAAUAUAGAAAAAUGCAGUGAUGUGUGUUUACAUUUGUUGUAAUUUACCUUUAAUUUCAUAUUCACUUUUAUAUUUGCUGGUACAAAUAGAUUUUUAUCCUGCAUCAUUUGAAAAAAAAUCCUAGGCGAUAUAAUUUAUUUUGUGGAGCAUUAAACCCAUGUCGAGUUGUUCAAUGCAAGGCAUGGAGGCUCAGUUGUCCUCUAUAUAAUAGCCAGGUAAACACACUACCUACCUGUCCUGCCGUAGUUGCCUUUCCCUCAGAAAUGUAAACCAAAUACAGUAAGUUCUCGACUUAAAAACGCAUUGGGGAUCUUCUGUAUUAUACAUAAUAAUGAUACUAUACACAAUACAAAAGAUUCUCAAUGUGUUUGUGCAGUGUAUGAGAUAUACAAAGGCCCAUUAGCAAGGAUGAAAAAUUAUAUUUAAGCGAGCUCUCUUCAAUUCCAUUUGCAAAAUAUCACACUAUAUAGAUAGUGUGAUAUUUUGUAAAUGGAAUUGAAGCUCAUGUGAAAUAGAAUAUCACAUGCUGUGAAGGCCUUUCCACAUACUAUUCAGUUCUGGAUGUACUUUACUUUUUCAAAUGCACUAAAUUACACUAAAUGCAAUAGCUUUAUAGCAACUUAUCGUAUUAGAGAAAAUGAAAACGAUUGCAGUAAACAGGUAAUAUCACAAUAUACAAAAUAACCACUGUGAAAAAAAGUGAAUUUCCAAGAGCUUGGCAUGAUUUCUCACAUUAUCAAGACACUGAUGAUGUAAGAAAUCAUGAAAGCAGUAAAAUAGGUACCUAGUGUUAGUUGACUGGUGUGGGUUGCAUCCUGGGACAGAAUUAACCCAAUUUGCUCAAAAUGCUCGGCAUAACAAGGGACUUUCUAAACAGUAGUAUGUCACUGAUGUCAGCUAUGGUCUGUAUACCUUGUACUUGUACAAAUAGAUUAUUAUAGAAUCAAGGUGUCCCUCUUCCAGUGUCAAAUGCAGCACUCUAUCAUAAAUUAUGGAAAGGUUAGUGCUUGUACCCAUGACUAGCAAGUUCUAAAUACCCUCACUUUAGUGAGUUUCAAUAAUAAUAACUGCACAACCCUGGUCGGUUUAGCCCUUUUUUUUAUUAUAAUAAAAACUCAACAUUAACUUUCUCAAUUGUUUUAAAUCAUUAAAUUUCUAUAUUAUACCCCUCAAGGAAGGUUCCUUGAUGUUGGUGAGGGGCUCUUGAUUUAGGGAAUUGGAUCUGUGCUCCAGUUCC